AAAUUGGCUCCGAGGGCGACUUGUCAAAGAAGGAUUCUAAACAUCAUCUCAUCAAACUUUAACUUCUUAAUCAAUUCAAUCCUUUCGCGUCGGUCAUUUUGGGGGACGUCGCGUAUGGUUACGAAUCUAUCAACCUUUUCAUAUAUCAGCAUAACUUUUGACUUGACGUUUGCAUCUGAGUGCAUUUGUCAUUUUUUAGCCUUCCUGCGCGGUAGAUCGCGCCGCGUUAGCGACCGCAUCCAAAAAGUCGUCAAAUUCAGUUAUUGUUGACUUCACGAUGUCGUCCUUUCCGCCUCCUCCACCACCUCCUGGCUGGGGUCCGCCGCCGCCACCGCCUCCUCCUCCAGGUCCUCCAUCAGAUUUCCUUCCACCACCGCCUGGAGUACCAGCUCCCCCCCCCCCUGGAUAUCGUCCUCCAACCGACCCACACAUCGCCAAAUUUGCCCAGAAGAAGAAGGAAUGGCUUCGCAAUCAGCGCAAUCGAUUCGGCGAAAAACGAAAAGGCGGAUUUGUCGAGACUCAGAAGGCUGAUAUGCCCCCCGAGCAUUUACGCAAGAUCGUGAAGGAUAUCGGUGAUGUCUCUCAGAAGAAAUACACGAGUGACAAACGAAGCUAUCUUGGGGCUCUCAAAUUCAUGCCACAUGCAGUCAUGAAGCUGCUAGAAAAUAUGCCCAUGCCAUGGGAAUCGGCGAGGGAGGUCAAGGUCCUUUAUCACGUCAACGGAUGCUUGACACUCGUAAACGAGAUUCCUCGAGUUAUCCCACCCGUGUUCCACGCACAAUGGGCAACGAUGUGGUUGACCAUGAGGAAGGAGAAGAGCGACCGAAGGCUCUUCAAGAGGAUGAGGUUCCCCCCGUUUGAUGAUGAAGAACCCCCCUUAUCUUGGUCAGAGAAUAUUGAGGAUGUAGAACCGCUAGAGCCGAUCCAGAUGGAACUCGAUGAAGAAGAAGAUAGCGCUGUAUACGAGUGGUUCUAUGAGCAUAGGCCUUUGGUCGAUACCGAGCACGUCAAUGGGCCAAGCUACAAGCAGUGGAAUCUCACGUUACCGCAAAUGGCUGCACUCCACCGGUUAAGCCGUCCUUUGCUGAGCGAGAUGGUCGACCAGAACUAUUUUUACCUAUUUGAUCUAAAAGGUUUCCUAACCGCGAAGGCCUUGAACGUCGCGCUACCCGGUGGCCCCCGUUUCGAGCCCUUGUAUAAGGACAUAGAUCCCAACGAUGAGGAUUUUGGGGAGUUCAAUGCCAUUGACAGAAUCAUUUUCCGCUUCCCGAUUCGGACUGAAUACCGAGUCGCCUACCCGUACCUUUACAAUUCCCUCCCCCGUAGCGUCCAAUUCAAUUGGCACUCUCACCCACAAAUCGUGUACACUAAAUCAGAAGACCCUAAUUUGCCCGCGUUCCAUUUUGAUCCUAUGAUCAACCCUAUUUCCUCCCGUUCGGUUGCGCCGAAGAAUAUUACCAUUAGCCACGAAGACGAAAUCUUCGGGGUGGGAAAUCUAGAAGAGCCCGAGGAGGAAGCAUUUGAACUGCCAGCUAAUGUUGAGCCCUUUUUGGCUGAUGAGGAUCUUUACACUGAAGAUACGUCGUCUGCUAUUGCACUAUGGUGGGCUCCCUUCCCCUUCGAUCGCCGAUCUGGCCGCAUGGUUCGAGCACAAGAUGUUCCACUUGUAAAACAGUGGUAUCUUGAACAUUGCCCUCCGAAGCAACCAGUCAAAGUUCGAGUGUCUUAUCAAAAACUCCUUAAAACAUACGUGCUUAAUGAGCUGCACAAGAAGAAGCCCAAGGCGCUCAAUCGACAGAACCUCCUACGAAGUCUGAAGCAAACCAAGUUCUUCCAACAAACGACAAUCGACUGGGUAGAGGCCGGUCUUCAAGUGUGUCGACAAGGAUUUAACAUGCUGAAUCUCCUAAUCCACCGAAAGAAUCUUACUUACCUCCAUCUUGAUUAUAACUUCAACCUGAAGCCAGUCAAGACGUUGACGACGAAGGAGCGAAAGAAAUCGCGUUUCGGAAAUGCCUUCCAUCUGAUGCGUGAGAUAUUGCGUCUGACAAAGCUCAUCGUUGAUGCCCAAGUGCAAUAUCGCCUAGGUAACAUCGAUGCUUUCCAGCUAGCGGAUGGCAUUCUAUAUGCCUUCAACCACGUUGGCCAACUCACUGGAAUGUACCGGUACAAGUAUAAGCUCAUGCAUCAGAUCCGGUCGUGCAAGGAUCUAAAGCAUCUAAUCUACUAUCGGUUUAAUAGCGGACCUGUUGGUAAGGGUCCUGGUUGUGGCUUCUGGGCGCCAGCUUGGCGAGUCUGGCUCUUCUUCAUGCGAGGUAUCAUCCCUCUUCUUGAACGAUGGCUAGGAAACUUGCUUUCCCGUCAAUUCGAAGGUCGCCACAGCAAGGGAGUGGCCAAGACUGUGACCAAACAACGUGUCGAGUCGCAUUUCGAUCUUGAACUUCGAGCCUCUGUUAUGGCUGACCUCAUGGACAUGAUGCCUGAAGGUAUCAAGCAGAACAAAGUCAACACUGUCCUCCAGCAUUUGUCAGAAGCUUGGAGGUGUUGGAAGAGUAAUAUUCCGUGGAAGGUUCCUGGACUGCCCGCUCCUAUCGAAAACAUCAUUCUGCGGUACGUAAAGUCGAAAGCAGACUGGUGGAUUUCUGUUGCCCAUUACAAUCGCGAACGUAUUCGGCGAGGUGCAACGGUUGAUAAGACGGUCGCAAAGAAGAAUGUGGGUCGCUUAACACGACUUUGGCUUAAAGCCGAACAGGAACGGCAACAUAACUAUAUGAAGGACGGCCCUUAUGUAUCGUCCGAAGAAGCUGUGGCGAUUUACACGACAACGGUACAUUGGCUUGAGUCUCGAAAGUUCACCCCAAUUCCCUUCCCUAGCGUGUCGUAUAAACACGAUACUAAAAUUCUCAUUCUUGCCCUCGAAAGAUUACGAGAAGCAUACUCCGUGAAAGGCCGCCUCAAUCAAAGUCAGCGAGAGGAACUAGCUUUGAUCGAGCAAGCUUAUGACAGCCCUGGCACUACGUUGGAGAGAAUCAAACGAUUCCUCCUCACGCAGCGAGCCUUCAAAGAAGUACAAAUUGACAUGAACGACAAUUACAGCACUAUCAACCCUGUUUACGAUAUAGAGCCCAUCGAGAAGAUCAGUGAUGCAUACCUUGACCAGUAUCUUUGGUAUCAAGCUGACCAGCGACAUCUCUUCCCCGCCUGGAUCAAGCCUUCUGACUCUGAGGUGCCGCCGCUACUUGUUUACAAAUGGGCUCAGGGAAUCAACAACUUAGAGAAGGUUUGGGAGACUGCAGACGGAGAAUGCAAUGUCAUGAUCGAGACUGAGCUUUCCAAGGUCUACGAAAAGAUCGACCUCACUCUGCUGAACAGACUUCUAAGAUUGAUUAUGGAUCACAAUUUGGCAGAUUAUAUCAGCUCUAAGAACAACGUGCAGUUGACGUACAAGGAUAUGAAUCAUGUGAACAGUUACGGCAUGAUUCGCGGUCUUCAGUUCUCCGGCUUUGUAUUCCAGUACUAUGGUCUCGUUCUCGACCUUUUGCUCCUUGGUCUCAACCGUGCUAGCGAGAUUGCCGGCCCGCCAUCCAGCCCGAAUGACUUCCUUCAAUUCCGGGACCGCGAGACAGAAAGCAAGCAUCCUAUUCGUCUAUACACGAGGUACAUCGAUAAGAUCUGGGUUUUCCUGCGAUUCAGCGCUGAUGAAUCACGAGACCUCAUCCAGCGAUUCCUCACCGAGCAACCUGAUCCGAACUUCGAGAACGUCAUUGGUUACAAGAGCAAAAAGUGUUGGCCAAGGGACUCCCGCAUGCGGCUUAUGAGGCACGAUGUUAACCUUGGCCGUGCUGUGUUCUGGGAUUUGAAAAAUCGUCUCCCUCGAUCUGUCACCACGAUUGAAUGGGAUGAUACUUUCGCCAGCGUCUAUAGUCGUGACAACCCAAAUCUGCUUUUCUCUAUGUGUGGAUUCGAGGUUCGCAUUCUCCCAAAGAUCAGAAAUCAGAAUGACGAGUUCCCCAUCAAAGAUAGUGUCUGGUCUCUAGUAGACAACACUACCAAAGAGAGAACAGCGCACGCUUUCUUGCAAGUUACAGAGGAGGAUAUUCAAAAGUUCAACAACAGGAUACGUCAAAUCCUUAUGUCUUCGGGAUCUACCACAUUCACGAAGAUCGCGAAUAAGUGGAACACCGCUCUCAUUGCACUCUUUACCUACUACCGUGAAGCUGCCGUGUCCACAGUCGAUCUGCUCGAUACCAUCGUAAAAUGCGAGACCAAAAUCCAGACUCGAGUGAAGAUUGGCUUGAACUCAAAGAUGCCGUCUCGUUUCCCGCCGGCCGUGUUCUAUACACCAAAAGAACUUGGUGGCCUUGGAAUGAUUUCAGGGUCACAUAUCCUUAUCCCCGCUAGCGACAAGCGCUUCUCAAAACAGACCGACCUUGGAGUGAGCCAUUUCAGAGCUGGUAUGACACAUGAUGAGGAAACGCUCAUCCCCAAUAUCUUCCGAUACAUCAUCCCUUGGGAAGCCGAGUUCAUCGACUCGCAAAGAGUCUGGACGGAGUACUCUCAAAAACGACUAGAGGCCAACCAGCAAAAUAGACGUCUAACCUUGGAAGAUUUGGAAGACAGCUGGGAUCGUGGAUUGCCCCGUAUCAAUACCCUUUUUCAAAAGGACCGUAGCACCCUUAGUUUUGACAAGGGUUUCCGAACACGAAGCGAAUUCAAGAUCUACCAACUCAUGAAGAGCAACCCCUUCUGGUGGACGAGCCAACGUCAUGAUGGAAAACUAUGGAAUCUUAAUGCAUACCGUUCCGAUGUCAUCCAGGCGCUAGGCGGUGUCGAAACGAUCCUUGAGCACACCCUCUUCAAGGCCACGGGUUUCCCAUCUUGGGAAGGCUUGUUCUGGGAAAAGGCCAGCGGUUUUGAGGAGUCCAUGAAAUUCAAGAAGUUGACUAAUGCACAAAGAUCCGGUUUAAACCAAAUUCCUAACCGUCGAUUUACACUUUGGUGGUCUCCAACCAUCAACCGAGCAAAUGUAUACGUUGGUUUCCAGGUUCAACUCGAUCUGACGGGUAUUUUCUUACACGGAAAAAUUCCUACUCUAAAAAUUUCCCUUAUCCAAAUCUUCCGUGCGCAUUUGUGGCAGAAGAUCCAUGAAUCUGUCGUCAUGGACUUCUGUCAGGUGUUUGAUCAGGAGCUAGAGUCGCUCGGGAUUGAGACCGUGCAAAAGGAGACUAUUCAUCCCCGAAAGUCAUACAAGAUGAACAGUUCUUGCGCUGAUAUCUUGCUCUUCGCCAGCAACAAAUGGAAUGUCACUCGGCCAUCUCUUCUAUACGACACCAAGGAUACGAUUGAAUCUACGACUACCAACAAGUUUUGGCUUGAUAUCCAACUCCGCUAUGGUGAUUACGAUUCACAUGACAUCGAACGUUAUACUCGCGCCAAGUAUUUAGAUUACACACAGGAUAGCAUGAGUAUCUACCCUUCAGCCACUGGCUUGAUGAUUGGCAUCGAUCUUGCGUAUAAUCUGUACUCUGCUUAUGGACAAUACUUCCCGGGCUUGAAAGUCCUUGUGCAGCAGGCAAUGGCUAAGAUCAUGAAGGCCAACCCUGCGCUCUACGUUCUUCGGGAGCGUAUCAGGAAAGGUCUUCAACUUUACGCCUCGGAGAGUAACCAAGAGUUCCUUAACUCACAAAACUACUCAGAACUAUUCAGCAAUCAAACAAAGCUCUUCAUCGAUGAUACUAACGUAUACCGGGUGACCAUUCACAAGACCUUUGAGGGUAACUUGACUACGAAGCCAAUCAACGGAGCAAUUUUCAUUUUCAACCCUCGGACUGGUCAAUUGUUCCUCAAGAUCAUUCACACCAGCGUUUGGGCUGGUCAGAAACGUCUCGGUCAGCUAGCCAAGUGGAAGACGGCUGAAGAAGUAGCAGCACUCAUCCGAUCCCUGCCCGUGGAAGAACAGCCAAAAGAACUCAUCGUCACUCGUAAAGGUCUUUUGGAUCCCCUAGAAGUUCAUUUAUUGGACUUCCCGAACAUUUCUAUCCGAGCUUCAGAAUUGCAGCUGCCCUUCCAAGCAGCAAUGAAAGUUGAAAAGCUAGGAGAUAUGAUUCUUCGUGCUACUGAACCCCAGAUGGUCCUGUUUAACCUUUAUGAUGAAUGGCUCAAGAGCAUUUCUUCUUAUACGGCUUUCUCCCGUCUAGUUCUGAUACUUCGCGCUCUUCACGUCAACCCCGACAAAACCAAGCUCAUCCUUCGCCCUGACAAGACCGUUAUUACCCAGGUACAUCACAUUUGGCCCACGCUGUCAGACGAGGAUUGGAUCAAGGUUGAAACACAGCUGCGAGAUCUGAUUUUGCAUGACUAUGGAAAGAAGAAUAACGUCAACGUCUCCAGUCUGACGAGUAGCGAAGUUCGAGACAUCAUUUUGGGUAUGGAAAUCUCUGCACCUUCGAUGCAACGACAACAGGCUGCAGAAAUCGAAAAGCAGCAGCAGGAGCAGCAGCAAAUCACUGCCGUCACUACGAAGACGCAAAAUGUCCAUGGUGAGGAGCUCAUCGUUACGACGACAUCAAAGUAUGAACAAGAGAAAUUUGCCUCCAAGACAGAGUGGCGUACACGAGCCAUCGCUACCUCAAAUUUGCGAACCCGAGCCAACAACAUCUACGUGUCCUCGGUAGAUAACGACCUUGAUGACAUUACGUAUGUUAUGCCAAAUAACAUUUUAAAGAAAUUCAUCACCAUUGCCGACCUUCGGGUACAGAUUGCAGGAUACUUGUACGGUGUCUCUGCACCAGAAAAUGACCAAGUCAAGGAGAUUCGCUGCAUUGUGAUGGUACCACAAAUCGGAAACCUGCGCUAUACCCAAUACCCCCAUCAACUACCACAGCAUGAGUAUCUCUCAGGCAUGGAGCCUCUUGGUGUGAUCCAUUCCAUGGCUGGAAACGAGCUUCCUUACAUGUCUGCGGUGGACGUCACCAUGCAUUCUCAGCUUCUCGACCGUCAUCCUACAUGGGACAAGGAAAAGACAGUGACGAUCGAUGUCUCCUUCACACCAGGGUCCGUGUCCUUAUCGGCCUGGGCAUUGACCCCUACCGGUUAUCGAUGGGGCGCUGACAAUAAAGACCUCGGCAGCGAUGCGCCGUCGGGAUUCACUACGAGCAUGGGGCUCAAGCGCAAACUCCUACUCAGCCCGCGGUACAGAGGUUUCUUCCUCGUACCGGAGGAUGGCAAGUGGAAUUACAAUUUCAUGGGCAGCAAUUUCAUCGGCCUAGAGAAGAAGCCGGUGCAUGUAAAGCUGGACACCCCCAUUUCAUUCUAUAGCGACCAGCACCGCCCCGAGCAUUUCCACGACUUUACCGAGAUGGAGGAAAUUGGCGUGGAUAGGACCGAUAAUUUUGCUUAAGAUUUCGGAGAUGAAGCAACGUCAGCUCCGCGUGGUGGCGGGAGAGGGUUGAGAUGAUACAUAAUAUUGACUACCACAUACGUACCCAGGUAGCUAGUUACGGACAGUAAGAGAUGAUGAUAAUUGGAGAGGAAUGAAAGUGAUGCAUUACAUUGGCAUUUCCCAAAAUCGGCGAGGAGGCGAAGGCUGUGUGCCCUCUUUUAAAGGAAUCUUAUGCAGGCGUUUGAAGGAAAUGGAAUUGAGUUGCAACGUUCAAGGGGGAGAUAAGAGGUUUAGCUCCCUUUACCCUCCACGCCAUGAAGGCCUGUACUUUUUUCAUAUAUUGUCAUUAUCACUAUUACUAUUAUCUGCCUACCCUACGAUUCGCAUCUAGAUAUGCUAACCAGGUGCAUCCCUAUAUAUACCUACCUACCUAGGAGUAAUAUGAUUGAUGUAUCGUCCUG